GCAGCUCGGCGCAGUUCAUGUGCUUCUAUGGGCUGCUGAACUUCUACCUGUACACCAUGGCGUAUGUGUAUUCGCCAGAUGGACGCUUUGCCCAAGCGGAACUGGCCGUUACUAAGGAUAAUCCAGCCAUCUCCAUGAUCGGACGAUUCCGACGAGGACGUAGUCUACGGCUCCGACGAGGAGUCGCGUCGCCCUCUCACCGCUGUGGGCGGCGGAGCUGGAAGAACGACUACGACAGCGAUUGAUUGGAUAGCGCAGAUUUGUGAGAGUCUGAAUUCCAAAUGUUCCAUAGAGCCAGCGAGGGUUAUAGUGCUAAAUAAGUGUACAAAAUAUUCGCUAACAUUAUGCAUAAAUUAAACGAAUUUCCAAAAUUAAUCUCUGUUUGGAUAAUAAACUGGAAAAUAUAUGCAUUUUCUAAA